AUGGCACCAACAGAGAAAACCCGAAGAAUGGAGAGAUGAAUAACAAAGAAUUCCCGGAGACAUGAGCUGGGAUGAUAUAAUAUAAACCAAGGAAACAAUGGAAAAGGAAAGCAUGAGAUAAAUGGAGAUCGUUUGAAGACAGCAUAUUGCCAGGCAGUAUAACAAGCGUUAUCUCUUUUAUGUACAUAUUUCUCUUCUGGAGCAUCCCGCUUACUCUUCAACUUCCCCCCCCCUUUUUUUUUUCCAGCUCCAUAUGUUUUAUAUUAAUAGUACUAAGUGGUUAAAAAAAGGCAGUCACCCAGCGAGCUCCAUGCAUUAUGUUUGAAUUCUGUUUAAUAUUUUAAUUUUUGCUUUUCUUUAGAAAUGAUCUUUAUUGACGUCACUGUUUUUCACAUCAUUUUUUCCUGGGGAUACAGUCGGAUACACACCACACAGAACUGGGUCAUGUUAAGCCAUUUCACUUCGGGGGAAUGUGUGCGCCUGUCAGUCCUUUCCGUAGCAUGGUACAGGAGAGUAUUGCUAUUUUCGUUAUGCUGCGACUGUUUUUUUCCUAAGUUUUCGUUAUAAAAUAAACGACAGUAUCUGCUCUGUUGUCGGGUUUUUGUACAACGCCAUCUCUAUGACAGGAUCAGGCAAAUGCCUGUUCUUCUCAGUCGGUUAUGUCUUGAUACAAACGGUUGACGAAGGCAAUGCACUCUCAAAACGACAUAGGACAGUAGAUUUCGUUGCAUAUUGAGAAAAUGAGAGGUGCUUGGACCUAUCAAGUAUAUUCUCAAAAUGACCGGAUCCUGUGUAAUAAAACUGCACCCGGUUAAUCCCUUGACAAGUAUUAACUCUGUGGAUGCUGCGUUUUAUCCGCGUGAAAGAGUUACCUCACUUAGGAGAGCUAAUUCCUUCUCUAAUUAUCUCCACAUUGUCUUUUAUUCCUUUGCGGAAGAAUACAUUCGGUCGCAACUAAGGUUUCUAUUAUCCUGCGGUCCCGCGUGAUUUUUAGUAAACAAAGACUUGCAGGGAAAUUUCCUGAUCCGAGAAAUUCCGGGUCCUCACUUUUAAAUUUUUUUUUUCUUAAAAAAAAAAAAAAGAAAAACAGUAUGUCACAGAUUGUCAUAAAUUGUCGCUCUUGCCCAAGACUUUAAAAUUAUAGUUUACUGCGCUACUUUACUAAGCUAAGUCUCUCUACUACAUAGAUUCCCAAGCGUUUACGAGUCAGAACCACAUUCAUAUAGAAACAAAGUGACGCUUACCACGAUAAAUUGGGAAAAUAGCUUUUAAAUAGAGGAAAUUCUUGGAAAAGAAAGCCUAAUUAAAACUUAAUUUUCAAAUAUAGUGUUGUUGUCGGCAGUGGCGUAGCUAGGGGUGGUGUCACCCGGUGAGGUAAAAUCAUGGUGUCACCCCCCCCCUCCCUCCGACUUCCACGAUGGAUUUCUUCUUGUUAAAAUAAGUUCACAGUAUAACAAUGACAAUAACAAAAGCAAAAUAAUUGAAGGCCAGGAGGUAAAUGUAUAUUACAACUGGAACAAUGUUAAGUUUUAGUUAUUUUUACAUUAAAUUUACUUUAUUUAAAAUUUCCCUUUCCUGGUUUUCAAAGCUGAAAACCUGUCAAUCACUUGAUCAAAAUCAAUAUCCUUCACCGUAUCACCUUUAAUUGAUAUUAGAGCCAGAUCAAAAAGCCUUGACAGUCACAUUAUGGAUCGUAAAUAGUUCUUGAUAAGCUUAAUUUUGAAAAGCUCCGCUCACAUGAAGACACAGAUCAAAAGAAAUGAUUAAAGGCUAAGCGAGAACUUUGGAAGUGAAUUUAUGAUAUCCUAUUUAGAUAGGAAUAUCAAAAUAUCAAAUACUGACUAGUCCAUGAUUUUGUGAAAUUCAAUACUAGCUGCCUUUUUAUGUCUUCUAAGCCUUGGUAUUUCUUUUUAAUAAAAGUUCAUCUUCUGAUAACUCAUCAUAGAAAGAGCUUAUUUUUGGAACGGACAUUAAUAACACUUCUUCACUUGCUGAUAGUAGACUCUUGGGUUGAACACCCCCAAACGUAUCUUCUACUUCCUUGAUCGCUGAUGAACUGAUCUGGGAUUCAAAAUGAAAGCCAUCAAUACACUCCAGCAUCUCCUUACUCUUUCUUCUCGGAGAGAGAGUCAGCAUCUAUUAAUUGUUCUCAUGCCAUUCUCUUCUUAUACAUUCCGAUUUGUCUGAUUUUAAAACUCCCAUUUCAAAAGCAUCAAGUGACAAAGCUUCUCGUGUAGAAAGAAUCUUAAGACCUCUAGGUUGUUCACCCCUUUGUCAAGAGUAAAGUCUUUAGCCAGCAGAUAAUGAUGUGUAAGAUUAACUUCAUCAAGUAGAUCAGCCCAAAGGUAAAGGAAUCAGAUAAACCUGAUAUCACAGACAGUAUAAAAAAAUCUUGUGCUGUAUCACGAUGGUGCUCAAAUGUUAAGGGGCGGUGCUAGUGAAGAAUAUGGGUUUCAAUAUAUUUGGUUUUAAAAAACUUUUUUAAUUUCCAUUUUUAAAAUAAAUGUAUAUGAAUUAAUAAAAGAUAUUAAAAAAAAAAUUAAUAUUAUUUUGUUAACCCUACAAAGGGGUAAAAAGUCAUUUUAAAAUACUUUUAAUUUGUACCGAUUAGAUUCAUAUAUUUAGAAUCACCCAACCACAUCUUAUUUGUUAUCAAUUGAAAGCAUUAUUUCUCAGAAAAUUUAGAUACAUAUAGCUUACGAAAGUUACCGUUGAAUCAUAGUCAAAUCGGAGUUUUCUGGCCUAAUUAUAGGGUGACCUCAUUUCUAAUGCAUCCACCCUGAUCUUUUAAUAAAGCACACGUUUGGACUAGGUAAAUGUGUGGAAAACGUACGUGUGGUCGGUUAGCCUUUUAUGAAAUUCGGUUAGACCAAACAGUGUGUGCUCUGUAAAUGUAUCUUUUUGGGGCCAUCCCUGAGAUGGUAUCUACCGGUGCGGUCCGCCCCCCCCCCCAGCAUCCCUUAGCCUACGCCACUGGUUGGCAACACAUUUAAUGUCAAUAUUUAAAUUGUAACUCAAACUUUAAGACACAAAGUAAAACAGAAAACUAUUUAAAAAUCACUACUUCUCUUAGUCUAUUGUUUCAGCCGGCGACCCCACGUAAAUCCCCCGCAACCCCCAUUUGAGGUCACCUUGCAUGGGCUGAAAACCUGGGCUCUAGUAACUUGAGUAUCCCAAGAAUUCAUGUGUCAAACUAUCUUUUAAAUUCUUUAUAUUAACUUCGGUUUUUUUCAAGGCUGGCUUGAUACACUUCCCGUCAACAUAAGGAGCUGAAAUUUGGCACAUAGACUUUGCCGAUGACAACACAUUCUUUCAAAUUUUCAGCUCCACCCCCAACCCCAACAUCAGUUUUUUCUGUUUUUCAAGGGGAAGAUGAGUGCAUUAAAAUGAUGACGGUGGUUUCAUGGAAUAAAAUUACCAAAGACUGCGCUAAAUGAGAUUCUUUAAAUAAAAUAAAAAAUAUCGCAGGUGCGCUUGGUGCGAAAUACUUUCUGUUAUUUUCUGAAAUAGUUGGUGAAAUAAAUCUGCUGUUUAAAAGUGGGUGGGACAUUAGAGUACUGAUAUUAAAUAAAAUAAUAAAAAGUGAAUGUUAAGGACCUAUACAAAAAAACUUUUUUUAGGUGUUAUUUAAAUAUUAUUUUUUUUUAAAGUUUCUCGUUUCAGGGUUUCAACAAACGUGAUUUAUAAAUUACCAUAUAUAAUAACUAUAUAACCCGUGUCAACAUCCAAAUAUUGCUAAAAAAAAAUCAGGGCUGUGUCGUGGAAAAUCGGGCGAAGCCUGGAAAUGGCACCAACCAAUAACUAUAACAAAAUUUCCGUCCGGGUAAGAAACGAUUUAGGCACCGCCUGUCUUUGUGAAAUACAUGACAUGCAAUGAUUUACUCCAAUGUAAAGAAAGUUCAAUAGGCUGGGGGCGUCCAUUAAUUACGUCAACAAAAUAGGGGGGAGGGGGGUUUGGAAAUGUUUGACAGUUGGUGACAAGGGGAGGGGGGGUUAGAUGAGUUGACGUAAACAAUAAUGAUUUUCUAUUACAAUUUUAAUCCUCAAAAUUGACUGGUUAUUACAUUAUUUUAAACAAUUUAAUGAAUGUAAAUAGACAUAUAUGUUUAGGCUUUUAACAAUAUAAAAAUAAGAGUUAUUUAAUAAGUGUCUGUCUUUGCACUGCAAAUGGCUGGUCAGAAUGUUAGCACACUGUGUUAGUGCAAGAGAAGUCAUAAGUUGGCAUCUCUUCACCUGUCAUUUUUCUCUUAAUCCACUCCCUAGAAUGAUUAACACGUCAUUGUACACGGUGUUUAAUUAAAAAAACAACAACCCAACUCCUCUGUGUUCAACAACAACUAUACCAACUCAAAGACAGAGAGAGCUUAUGGCAAUUAUUGCUCACACCGACAGUAAUUCUAUUUUAAGUGCUGAAUGGUUAGAUGAGGAUGAUGCUGACUUGUCUGGUAUAUCAGUUCCGCAAAAUGAAAAUGAUAAAUCAUCUACUAUAGACUAUGCCCAUCAGCGGCGUCAUUUCAGGUUAGGUUUUUUUUUCAGAGGAAGGUAGAGUGGGGGGGGGGGGCAAAACCAAAACUUGGUCGGCUUGUUAAGUUGUUUAUUACUGGAGGCGCCAAAGUACUUAGCAACUUAAAUAAAACCAGCAAAAUCAGGGCGUUGGGGCAAAUGCACCAACACGAUACAGCAACACCUGGGUACUUCAUGGGAAGACUGACAAUAAUCAUAUUUAUACUUCCACAAUGAUAUUAAGUCCUUGACAACCUUUUAAUUGAUUCAGCAUUAUAAAAUUUAAUGUAAAAACUUUUUAACUUGUUGAUUAAUAAGCUAAACAUGUAAUAAAAUGUUUUCCCUACAAUUUUAUGGGUCAUUUAAAUAGAUCAGCAGAAGGUAAAAUGUAUUUAUAAAUUUAUCUAAAUUAUAAUUAAUAUUUUAUUUUAUUUGAUUUUAUUUUAUUUUUUUUUUUGGGGGGGGGGGGGAUAAAAUNUUUAAUUGGCCCAUGGUUGUUGAUCUUUUCAGUAUGUAAUUAGAAAGAUGUCCAAAUAUAGGGAUCUUCUCUUACGGAAAGGAAUGGUCCCUAGAUUGCUGGAAAUAAAAAUGUUGGUAAAUUACCGUUUUUGAACGAUUUCAAGCAUAAAAUCUCACAAAUCCUAUCUUAAUUUGACAGUCUUGUACAGGUUUGGGGGAGGGGAGGGGAAGGGGGGACUUGGACCCUUCCAGGUCUUUAAGCGCGGACAUUUGAAUGAAUUCACAUUGUUGCCAUAUAUAUAUAUAUAUAUAUAUAUAUAUAUAUAUAUAUAUAUAUAUAUAUAUAUAUAUAUAUAUAUAUAUAAUCAUUUCGAUUUCAUCUUUUAUCAUGUAUGUUUAAUUGUUCAAUUCUUAUUUAUAAUGUCAUAUUUCUGUAAAUUCAGAUGUUUCUACUAAUUAGUAUUGCCUUUUACCUUACUUUUUGAACUUUGAACCAUGGCCUAGUUUCGAACAGUUCGGAGUUCGUGUAUUAAAAGGUGUUGAGACUGUUUAUCACCUUUUCAAGGCUGCAAAACUCGAAAGCUUAUCUUCCUUAAACGCUGUAAGUACUUUUAUAAGCAUAAUCAUUAAGUCAUAAAAAGUGAAAGUGUAGUCUUGAUUACUUUAAUUUUAAAACCAGUGUUAUAUUAACAUUUACGCCAAGACCACGCACAUUCUGCUAAUUAAGUUAAUACGGUAACAAAAAGCUUAGAAAUAGAAUACACUUAUACAAAAUGGACAGAUUAUCAUAACUCAUAACUUAAUAGUAUUUAAUUUAUAGUUUAUAAUUUAUAGUAUCAAUCUAAGUAGGCCCCCGAUAGCCCAAUACUAAUAGACCACUAAUGUAAUUCUUGUAAUAGUGCAGAAGGACCAUUUCAAUUUCUAUCAUCCAAAUAUUGCUGGAGCAAAUUCUAUAUAUAUUAUAUAUAUAUAUAUAAUAAUUAUAAUAUAUCCCUAUUUUGGCUGAUUCAGAUUUAGCUGCCCACACGACUUUGUUUUGUAUAAAUCUCUGAUGUCAUUGAUGUCUAACUAAAUUAAAUGUCCAUCAAUAUGGCUGUUUUAAAAGAGGCUUUUUUUAAAAUCUGGAUAUUCAUAUUCAAUUCAUGCAUUGAUAAAAGGCAGUGUCUACACGUCCGGCGCGCCGGACGUCUAUCGCCCGCACUAUGUGUCCGGCGACCAAGUCACAUGACCGCCGUAACAAAGUCGCGAGAGAUAUCGUGUCGGUCAGCCUUGUCACGUGACUGCGAAUAAUUCAAAACUAUUGUUAAUUUUAAAAUCUAUUUCUCUACCAAGUAAUGUACUGAGUAUCUUGAAUGCAAAUAAUAGAAAAAGAAACUUAAGUGAAAGUGGCUUGUAAACAUUUUUGUUUAGUUUUUUUUAUUUUUUGUGUACCAGUAAUCCAUAAAAUAAAUUAGGGGCCAGUGUGGCAACCAAAAAAAGUUAAAGAUUUCAUUUUAAAUUAUUUCAAUUGCUACAAAAUAUUUAAAAACUUCUCAUGAAACUACUGUUGCUGAGGAACAUGAUAAUAUAAAUAUAUACAAAAUAUUUUAAUUAAAAUGGGAAAGAUUUCAUUUUAAAUUAUUUCAAUUGCUACAAAAUAUUUAAAAACUUCUCAUGAAACUACUGUUGCUGAGGAACAUGAUAAUAUAAAUAUAUACAAAAUAUUUUAAUUAAAAUGGGAAGAAAAAAAACAACCCUAUCCCCGGUAUAGAUCCUCAAACAUUCCUAUCGUCAAGCAACCACUCUACCACAAGACCAGACAAGAUGUACUAAAUCGCACUUUGUUUGGAAUUAUAAAAACUACUAGCCGUCCGGCCAUGUCCGGCGGUCACGUGACAAGUCACCGGACGUGUAUCUUGCGCACUACACGUCCGGCGCGCGGCCGGACGUGUAGACACUUCGUUGAUAAAAUGUUUAUGUAGUUAGUUUCUCAACUGUGAACUUCAAAAAAAAAACAUCCAUAGUUUUAAGUCAAAGUCAACUUGUUUUCUAGUUGAAACUGAAAGUAACAAUUAGACAUUUAUUUAAAUUUAAGAAAAACUUUAAGUGGCCAAGAUAAAUGGGUCAGAUUGUCUGUAUAAACUUUAUAGAUCCCCCUGACUGAAUAAUUGAUUUUACCUUUUGUGGGCUCUGUUUGUUUACAUUACAGAUAUUUAAUAGGCAAACAUGUCAAAGUUUCUACAAUGUUUGAGGCCAAAGUCAAUCUCCUCAGCUUUAGGCCUGAUAAGCCCUGUACAAGCCAGGGCAAUGUCAGCCACACCCAAGCCUGUCAUUAAACCUGAGAUUAAAUAUGCCAAGGUAGGAGCUUUGAUGCAUAAUUUGAAAUAUAAAAAAAUGUGAUACUUUUGCAAAACUUUCUUAAAAGCAAAGGCAUAAUAACUUGUUAGUAACUGUUUCUUGAUUAAUUAAGGCUGUAAUUACUGUAAUUUUGUAUUUAUAGACCUACUGGACACCUCAGCAUUUCUCACUAUUUAUCAUAUUUAGGUUUUUAAUCAUAUGAUAUUUCAACAGGUAUAUGGUUGGGUUUUAUUUUUUAAGAACAUAUAUCAAUCCUAUAUUUAAGUACUCUAUAAACACAAAAGAAUUAAUUAAAUUGUUUAUUCUCUAAAAUUGGAUGUAGCUGCAACUUUUUUAUUUCCAAAAUGUGUAUUUUUCUCCAAUAUGUGACACAUUUACAAUGUAUAUCUGUUUUUAUGUGGAGAAAAUUUAAGCUUUUAAAUUUGCUUUCAGUGAUUCUGUAAGAGGCAUAGAUGUUAGUGAGGUUAACAACUAACAAGGUUAGAUAAUGCCUCUGCAAGUAUUUUCAUUAUAAGUUUUACUCUCCUUGUUAAUUUUUUUAAUUUCCUCUUCAAGGUUUAUUUUAAUUAGAAGCAAGAACAGAAAUCUCUAUUUCUAUACAUUUUCUCUCUGUGGUCAUAAUGGUCAAAAAAGAGAUUUUAAAAAUUACAUUAGCAUGCUAUUUGGCUUGUAAUUUCAUUUUUAUUUUAGUUUUUCAAUGUGCCUUUUUUAAAAAAUUAUUAUCAAUCUUUUUAUAAAUAUACUUUAAAAAGAUUUAUCCUAAACUAACUUUUCUUCCAUGCAUUAUUCUCAUAGAAUAGCACUUACCUUUUUUUUAGUUUUAUUAGACAAUUGUAAAAUAAUAUAUUUUAAAUUUCUAAUUACUUUAGUUUAGAUAUAAAAACAUACAUUUAAAAUUUCAUGACUUGAAAAAAAUAUUUGUCAUGUCUCAGUCCAUAAAUGACCUCACACUAUUCUGGCCAAAUUUUACGGCUACACCUCCCCCCACACACAUUGUCACAAAAUGAAAGUAACAUAGAGCAGUGCUCCAUAAUCUUUAUUAAACAACUGCACACCUAGAUCCUUCCCAGAUUUCUGCAGCUCACAAAAAUUUAAACAUGGAAAAAAAAAAAACUCAACGGAUUAAUUGUUGUUUACACUUGCCAACAUUUUAAAUGGUUCUCUUAUUUAUUAACACGAGCAAGUAGAUCAUUUUUACCUAGUGAUAAGAUAACUUAAAUAGUUUUUCACUAUCUAAGUGCUCAAAUGAAUAUGAGUAGAACAGAAACAUAUAGAAAUUACAUGUGAUGAACAAUCUUUCUGUGCCCUCAAACGAUGGAAUUUUCUCCCACUACACAUCUGCAAUAUAUUGACCAUCCAGGCCUUCAAAACUGCACUCAAGACACAUCUCUUCAUACUCUACUAUCUCUACUGAUUCCCACCCCCCUCUGACUGAUAAACGAUGCUGCUGGCUGCCGUCCAUGGCUUAACAUGUAAAUAGUUCUGGGGUUGACAGGAUGAAUAUUUGUUUUUUGUUUUUAUACACAUAAAAAGAUUUAAACUUAACAAUAAAUAUUGAGAAGUUUAAUAUUGAAUAAUAUUGUUUUGCUGAACGUAAUUGUUUUAUAUUUGGCUCAAUUUCUAAUGCACUCGUAUCAUUUUGUAUUAAAACAAGAGUAGAAAAACUUUGUUAACUUUUUAAGGGGUUGAAAAUUUUAGCUGAAAUUUUCGGAUAUUCUUCAUUCCCUAAAACCCAGAAAAUGUUGUAUUGAACUUCGGUGAACUUAAGCACUUUUGUUAUAAUUAUGUUCAUUAUGUUGAAACAUUUUUUCCUCUUUUGCAAUAGUUAAUCUGAAAAAUUCUUGCCCAUCAAAGCCUUUUGAUGCAACAAUGUGUAAUUUGUAUUGUUGGAUUUUGUCUUCUUACACAUGAAACUUAUAUUUUUCUUUUUACUCAUCCUUGCUGCAGCACCAUUCUUGCAAACAAGGACACAAUUAGUCUAUUGAAUUCCCUGCAUUUUGAAGAAAUCAUCUGUUACUUGAAAAAUGUUCUCACCAGUCAUACACACUUAAAGCUCUUUACAAAACAAAUGAUCUUAUAUGUCAUCCUCAUCAACAAAACUUACCAUACUUAUGAUCUUUGCUUUCUUUUUAAUAUUCUACUCAAUUGUUUCUUGCGUUAGAAAUUCUUUUGGGUUAAUGUUCUUUAUCAAGUGAAAAGGACUCAUCGGUUGCCAUACGUUGGAAUGGGGACUUGUCAGGUGACCCACUAAAUUUAAACAUGCAGAUGUGCUGUGUUAUUUGACUUCAAUCCUUUGACAGCUAUUUACUUAGCUGAUCAUUUUCCCUUUUGUCUCUGGAGGUUUAUAUCUUCUUUGUGUGUUUCAUCCUCCAUCAGCAAUUUUGCUGAGGCACACCUGUUUUGAAGCUGCAAAGUAGAGCAUGAAAAACUUGAAAACUCUCAGCUGUAGAAAUUCCUUAAAUGGCUGACAAAAAAUUUAAAAGUACUGAAAGGCAUGCUUGAGUGAACAUACACUCUCCAGGCCGAUUCCAAAGCACUGCGUUUAUUUUAUUUUAUUUUUUAAAUACAGGAAAAUCAAGAUAUAUUAUCAGAAUAAUAAUAUUUUGGCACAUAGGCAUGCUGUUACUGCUUUUCACAGAAUUAUGUUAAAUUAACAACACCCCACACAGUAUUGCUGAUAUCAGACAUUUAUUUCUUCUCUUUAUAGAUCUUUAUCAACAAUGAAUUUGUGGAUGCUGUCAGUGGCAAAACUUUUGCAACAGUUAACCCAACUACUGAGGAGGUAAUUUGUCAGGUGGCUGAAGGGGAUAAGGUAACUUGUUAUUGUUUUUUUACAUAUAUAAUUUUUGUGUGGGGAAAAUAAUUAUCAGAUAGCCUUAUAAAAAGUAUAAAUUUCACUGAAUUUUAUUUUCAACCAACAUAGUGUUAUUUUUAUCUAUGGUCAUUCCGUUUUUUUAAUCAGUACUCAAUUUGCGUCACAUAGAGUAGACUUCAACAUCAUUCUCAUUAACAUUCCCAUACCUUGUUACCAUUUUUGAUAAGUCAAUAGGGGUAUGCUAUAUUUACAGGCUGAUGUUGACAAGGCUGUCAAAGCAGCAAGGGAAGCCUUCAGAUUGGGCUCUCCAUGGCGCACAAUGGAUGCCUCUGGCAGGCAGAAUCUCCUGCUUAAACUUGCAGAUCUUAUUGAGAGAGACAGAAAUUACAUUGCUGUAAGUCAUAGGUAUUUUAUUCUAAAUAUCCUUGGCUCUUUUUUUAAGUUUUACAUGUUCUUGUGACAUCUUUAACAAUUUCAGCUAUACAAUUAUCAGUUGCAGAUGUCAGUGUUAGUUUGAUCUGUCUUAAAAUCUGCCUGAUAAAUUCAGGUUACUUAGUAUGCUGGUCACAUGAUGAAUAUAUAAGCAGCAUGCCAUCAUCCUCAAAUCAAAACAUGCAGAGGGAAACUACAAUUGAGAAAUCAUGUCUGACCAGUUUCUAAAGAUAUUAACAUGUUAGCCUCUCACUGAGACAAACACCUGGUUAGUCUUUCCUCUGAGAAAACUUGCCAAGAUAGAUCAUUAUGAGCAGGUACUGAGAAUACCUUGGCCCACGACUGACAAGUCUGUGGUGGCUUGUCCAUUAGGAGGCGUCGGCCACCGACCCCCUCGACGUUACCCGGGGAACACAACUACUGGGCGCAUCCUUGGUGGGCAGACAAGGGAUGUCCUCGGUACCUGCCAUACAUAAAACAGCUCCUACAGGGCUGCCAGUUGUGAUACUUCCCAACUGGAAGAAUAUGCAGAGACAGGGUAGGGAUCAUGAUUACAAGUUGCCGUUAAUGGAUAUGAGGCGAGAGGGGAAGGCGGUAACCUCUGGCCGAUGAUUCUUACUAUGCAGCCCUGAGAAGCUGUUCCAAGGCAACUAUUUCGUCCCAGCUACAUCACGAAUUAGUUGCAUUGUGAAAACCCACUGUAGAAUCCCUCUUAUAGGCCGUCUAAAGCUUCCCCGGGAUGGGUGGGGGAAGAUAUUAAAACGUAAAUAUUUCCAUCCCGACUCCUGAGAAAGUCGAUCCUGUGCACUGUGCAAACACAGUGUCGGACCGACCGGCUGUCUUUGGGUUAGGACGGUCCCCGGCGGAGUCCCUGGUCGAGCAGACUCGGGUGGGGGCUGUCCUGACAAAGGGACAUCCCCGACGUGCCGCUCCGCGGCCCGAUACCGGGUUCGGGAGGGGUUUAUGGGGAGGGCAUAAAGAGCGCAAGCUUGACGGCCCGCUGACUCCAUUUCUUAAUAUGAUAUUUCAGAGGGCCUCGGAGGACAUGCCUCCAGGUGUCAUUUCGUGGUCAACUGUUGCAUAUGGUCUGGGGGGCAGGCAUCGUUCAAGCCAAAUACCUGUUUUAAAAACUUCAAAAUGAUUUCUAACACGCUCUACUUUAAACUAAUAUACUCUGAAUACAGUAAGAGGCACUGUGAUAUAUUUACGCUUUUAUAUUUUCAGUCUCUAGAAACUCUGGACAAUGGGAAGCCAUUCAGUGCAUCAUUUGCUGUAGAUCUCGACUUAACCAUCAAAUGUUACAGGUAACCAAAUAAAACAAAACAUGUGAAUUCUCUAAAUGUUGAGAGAAAAUUCAAAUCCCUUUAGACUGAUGGGCUGCUAUACUUUUAUAAAUAAAUAAUUAUUCAUAUUCACUCUAAUAGUUAAUAAAUCAAUAAUGAGUAAUUCUUCAUUGCCUUAUUUGCUCUAAUGCUUUAAUAAGGCAAUAAUUAAUUUGUUGUUUUUUUUACUUAAUUGCUUCUUGUGAUGCAAUAGCAAUUAACAAACACUUUCCAUUUACAUCUGUUCUAGACUGUUUUUUUCUUGCUCAUUUCACUUCUUGCUGUUUCUCUCACUGUCAUGGUCUCUUCAGUGUGCUCCAGAAUGCAAUCAAGAUGCCUGAAUAUUGUUUAAAUCAAUACAUUUUAUAAUAGUAUUGCCUGCCAUCUUAAUAAAUGUCAUUUGAGUUAACACUGUAAUAUUUAUUUUUUCUAGGUAUCAUGCAGGCUGGACCAACAAACAUGGAGGAAAAGUUGUUCCCAUGGGUAAUGUGAUUAAAUGAUUUUUUGACCAAGUUUAACAGUGUUUAGGAAUAUGAUGUACCUAAUUAAUGACAGUGGGAUUUUUACCAGGUCGUUGUUGCAUUAUUGGUGACAACUUUUUUUUUCAGAUGGCAACUUCUUUUCAUACGUCCGUCAUGAACCUGUUGGUGUGUGUGGUCAGAUCAUUCCUGUAAGUCAAUGUUGUGUGUGGUCAGAUCAUUCCUGUAAGUCAUUGUUGUGUGUGGUCAGAUCAUCCCUGUAAGUCAAUGGUGUGUGUGGUCAGAUCAUUCCUGUAAGUCAAUGGUGUGUGUGGUCAGAUCAUUCCUGUAAGUCAAUAAAUUAUUUUAUUAAUAGUUCAGACUCUGCAGUUUCCCCAUUCACUACUUCUUUCUUCCUUAAGUAGAUUUCCUGUAAAGCACAAAAAUUAUUCAGCAAUUCAGAGCAAAAUUACGCUACAGACUAAUGCUUGUAUAUGUUUUUUUCCCUCGGUUUGACAUAUCUAUUUAAUUGAUUUCAGUGGAAUUUCCCUCUACUUAUGCAAGCAUGGAAAUUAGGCCCUGCUCUGGCUAUGGGGAAUACAGUGGUGAUGAAGCCAGCAGAGCAAACACCUCUAACUGCUUUAUACAUAGCCCAACUUGCAGCUGAGGUAUGUAGUAAGCACAUGAACUGAAUUACCAAAGUAACAUAUUUUUAUUGAGUCAGUCAACAGGGUUGGCAAGUGUCUACACUGUACUUAGCAGGUCCAGGUGAACAUUUUUAAUGAAAUAUUAUUUUAGUGUAACAGGUGUUUGCGAUCUCAAGCAUUUUGUUCCUGUAAAUAGGUGUGUUUGAUUAUGAAAUCAAUUAGGUUGGUGAAAUAUAUCGGUUGUAAGACCGGUGAGCUGAAUGGGAUACCAUUAGUGCAUCCUCAUCUAUUUUUAAAUAUGUGUAGAGAAAAUUUUUUUGUUUUUUUAAACUUAAAAUUUUUGUUGUUUGUUAUUGUAUCAACGACCUGAUUCUGCUUCACAGCAAACUAGUUUUGCUGCAAAUUAACAGUGAAAUAUUACCUUUAUGAUAUUAAUUGUAGGAAAUCUCAGAACAUUCAUUUCAUAAAAAGACGGUCACCAAAUGGGAUAAUGAUUUCUCAAGUUCAAUUACGCAACAACAAAAUUGGCUUAAAGAUUAUAAAAAGUAAACCUCUGACAUCAUCAAGUAAUGAGUUAGUGAGUGUCAGCAUGUGGCAAUGGCUAAACAUUAGCCAGUUUGUGGAUCAGACUAUGUCAUGUACAUUUUCAACUACAAUUUUUGUCAGGCCGGCUUUCCACCGGGCGUCAUUAACAUUGUGCCAGGGUAUGGGCCAACAGCUGGGGCAGCCAUCGCUGAACACAUGGAUGUUGACAAAGUGGCUUUCACGGGAUCUACAGAAGUAAAAUUUCCUUCUUUUCUUAAAUGCUGUUUUUUGUUUAUGUUUUUAGUGUUGUGGAUGAAACAAAAUUUAAAUGAGUGGUCUACUUAUUUAAGUAUGCAAUUCAAUUAAUCAUUGGGAAUAAUGUAGAAAAUCCAAAGUGCCAUUGGAAGUUUUUAUUUAGUUAACCAAUGGCUUUUUAAUUGAAAGAUUAGUCCCAUUUAAUUAACUUUUAGGAAUCUAUAAGUUAGAAUUCAAAGUGCUAUUUGGUUUGACUAAUUACUUUUUUUAUUGUCAGAUUGGUCAGCUCAUUCCCCAAAUGGCAGCACGUUCUAAUCUAAAGAGAGUAACCUUGGAGCUCGGGGGCAAGAGUCCCCAGAUUAUUUACUCAGACAGCAACAGUAAUUUACUUUUGAUUAACCAUUUAACGUUUCUUCCAAAUUUUGUUUUUGAUAAUUCAUAUGUUUAUUGACCAGAUUUGUGUGUGUUUCAUCGUGUGUUUGGUAAAUUCAGUCAAACUGAUAAUCUAAUAGACUCCCUACACUAACAAGAUGCUUAUUUUAUCUUUAAUCUUCAGUUGAAAAUGCUGUAAACUUCACACACCUUGGGUUGUUCUUCAACCAGGGCCAAUGUUGUACUGCUGGGUCUCGAGUUUUUGUUGAAGAAAAAAUAUACAAAGACUUUGUGGAACUUGCCACAGAGAAAGCAAAAAAGAGGACAGUAGGGAACCCAUUUACAGAUGUAGACCAGGGACCACAGGUAAAGCUCACAGAGCCAUAAAAAUCAUCAAAAUUAGUUUGUCUUCUGGUCUAGAACAUUAUAGGGAUAUAAUGUAGUAACUUUUUAUAAAUAACUUUACUCAUAUUUAAGCAAAAUAUGGGGAGGACUGAGUUCAGGUUGAAGCAAUAAGAAAUAUACACAGGGUAGAGGAAAACCAGAAGAAAGACAAUACUUUUGUAUUCUUCAGGUUUGCCUUUACCCUGUGUAUAUUUCAUAUUUAAGCAGAGCUUGGAAACAUGGAAGAAAUUUUUUAAAACUCUCAUGCAUGUUUGUUUGCCAAGGUUGACGGUGACCAGAUGGGCAAGAUUCUUGAGCUGAUUAACAGUGGUAAGAAGGAAGGGGCUAAGAUGACAGUUGGGGGAAAUCGCGUUGGUGACAAAGGAUUCUUUAUUGCGCCAACAAUCUUUGCUGACGUGCAGGACAACAUGAGGAUAGCUAAAGAGGAGGUGAGAUUUUAAAUCAAUUUUUAGUUUUUAAUUAUUUAUUGUUUUUUUUUAAAAACCAUUUGAAAUUUUAUUUUGAUUUUCAACAGUCUACAUAAAGUAGUAAUAUAACACAAGCUAUUUAUUCUUCACUUGAACUAUUUUUAGAAAAAUGCUGCUGUAAAACUAAAAAAAAUUUGGUUCAUACAUCCCACCCACUUCAUCUCAGAUACUUAAGAUCAGCUCAAUGAGGACGCACUCUUUCUCUUAAAGUUAGAACGAAAGAUCUAAAAAUCAUUUGUUCCCCAGUCUGUACAAAUUUACAAGUGUGCUCCCCCAGUGGUUAGCAAAUCUAAAUGAUCACUAAUUAAGUCAUUAUUGUCUGAAAAUGAGUUCAUUGAUUGCUGAUUUCUACGUUAGAGAAAUACUUACGAUGUUUCGUGUUUAAAUUGCUAUAAUUUUAAAAUGGUGUCUUGGUUUCAAUAUGUAUUUAAAAACUCAAUAUGUACUAUGUAAUCAAAAAACAUUUCCAUUUAUUUGGAUCAGUAAAGAAUCUUAUCUUAUUAUAUGCACUUUUUCUUUACAUACAUUGUUACUGUUGCUUAAGAUUUUAUUUUGAUGCUUAUGAUUAUGUUACAAAAGUUAUGAGUGUAAAUAAUUGUUGAUACAGAUUUUUGGCCCAGUGAUGCAAAUCAUGAAGUUUAAGACUGACGAAGAGCUGAUAGAACGAGCACAUAACACAAUUUAUGGUUUGGCUGCAUCAGUUUACACACAAGACAUUGACAAAGCCAUCUACCUCUCUAACAGCUUGAGGGCUGGCACAGUCUGGUGAGUUUAAAGUGUUCUAAAUUGUUCUUUCCAAGGGAUAUAUUGAACAGUUAGUAACAGAAUUUGUUGGGAGUUAAUACGAAAUCUUUAAAAGCUGAUCUGAAAACUCAUGUUGAUUCUUCUAAAAUGAAUGUAAUAAUGGCUAACAAAGAGGUCUUUAACAUUCAUUGAUCCCUAAUUAAUCUUAUAUCAACUCUGGUGGAUUUUAUCAACUUCCAUAACAUCAUCAUCAGUGGCGCUACAACCCAUUAAGUCCUUCUCUACAUCGUUGAUCCAUCUCAGUGUUGGUCGACUGGUGAACCAUACGCACCUAGGUUUCUGCCUGUAGAUCACUUUUGCUGCUCUACAAUCCGGCAUCCUCAUAAUGUAUAUUAUCCUCUCCCAUGUAUAGAGCAGGUUCUCUGCUUUUCUGGUAAGGGACAACUGGUCUUUGUUCCCCUUGAGAGGUUUUUGCUUCCCAGAGCUUUUUUAGGCUGAAAUAAGAACGGUUGCCUGCUUUUAUCCUUUCUUUCGCCUCCUACAUUAUGUCAUUGUGCUCAUGUAUAGUCGCCCCUCUAGAUUUGAAAGCAUUCAUUAGUAUGUCAUCAGUGUGGGAGUUUCGUGACAUUAUCAUAUAUUUUGCCUUCGCUUCGUUUACCUUAAGACCAGCUUUGACCCUAGGCAUCUUCAAGUUCCCUGAACUGUAUGCUUUAAUUAUAUCAUUGCUGUUUCUGCCCAGUAGUUCUAUACCAUCCACAUAUGCCAGGUACCCGGUACUGCAAUGGUUAGCUGUAUAAAGUUCCUGGUGGUUAUUGUUCUGUUAAACCUCUCUGGAAGUAGUUUGGGAUGGUUUUACAGGUGCUCACAUGUAUGUUUUUCAUAACUUUUUCUAAGUAGAUUUUGAACAGGAUACAUGAUAGUGAAUCUCCUGGUCUGAGGCCCUGAUUAAUUCAGAACUCUCUCCAACUUCCAUUACAGUAAACUCAAAGAUAUAUUUCUUUUGACAUUUUAUUCCUAACAAGGUAGUCUUUCAUGUUCUUAAUAUAGUAGGGUUUACUUCUCAACUUUUUUGUAAUGCAAAAGUGAUGGAAUUUAGUCUCUAAAAUAAAAUGUCACAAUUUUGUCUACUAACUAGGAUAAACUGCCACAAUGUUUUUGAUGCUGCAAUGCCAUUUGGAGGCUAUAAAAUGUCUGGCCAGGGCAGAGAGCUUGGAGAGUAUGGUAUUGAGGCCUAUACAGAAGUCAAAUCUGUAAGUGUUUCUUGCUUUUGAAAUAUUUUUGGGUUAAUGUCCUUAAUCAUUUAAAUAUCAGAUUUUUUUUUUUUUUUUAAAAAAAAAAAAAAAUUAUUUAUUUUUCUUGUAGUUUUUUUUUUUUAACAACUUUUGUAACAAGCACCUGUACAUCUAUUUAGAGAUAGUAAAAAAGUUUUUAUUUCAUAGUUGGUCCAUUUUUUUAAAUUGCAAUUUUUAGGAAAUAUAAAACUUAGACUUCCAAUAAAACAAAAUAAUUAAUUUUUAAAGAUUGUUUAAACAAAAUUUAAUUCAACAAAUGAAAAGUGCAUUCAAAAAUAUUUGUAUAUUACAUGAAAAUUAUUUCAUCUAACUUAAAGCUAUGUGUUAAGAAAUGGGCCUGCUUUAGAUUCCCCUCUUAAAUCAUUAGCAAUUAAAAAUAAAAAUCAUGGCUAUAAGAUUACUGACAAAGACUCAUUAGCAGAAAGAUAAUGCUAAAAGCUUUUUUGUAGAUGUAAACAAUGUAGCAACCUUAUUUUUGGUUUUUGUAUAUAAUCUAAUAAAUUCAUUAUGAUGAUUUUAUUUAUGAAUAGACCAAUCAAUUUAGUUCAUCUCUUUGUUCUGUCAUAUUUUAAAUACAACCUUUUUUCCCCUGAAUUUGAUCAGGUGAUUAUGAAGAUUCCACAAAAGAACUCAUAAGAGAAAUCAACCUGGGAUCAUGUUGACUGCACAUGGAGCAAGUUAUGCCAAUCUGUGUUAUAAGACAUUUAAAAUUCAUAUUGUUAAGAAUUUCAUUUCAAAGUUUGUUCAAGUGUAACUUUACUGAGAUUUGCACAACUCUCUGGGAUGAUUAAAAAUAUCUUUACUAAACAUCCAAAUUAUGCAGCUCAAAUUGCUUUUUGUAACACAUUGUUUAUAUUUAGCCCAGAACUUUCACUGUCACUGCUAAAAUGUAUUCUCAAACUAUUCUGUGUUACAAAUGUAAAAGAUUCUUUCAUGAAACUUUGGCUUCACAUCACUUAAGGUGAUGCAAUUUAUUAUAUUCCUUUAUCUCAGUUAACUCCCUUGUCACAAAACAAAAAGAGAUUAUUUACUAUUUUUUUAAAUCUUCCUUUUGCUAAAAACAAGUAUAUCAUAAUAUGACAUAAUAUUUGUAGUAAUAUGCAUAGUAGUAAUGUGUAAUUUAUUUGUUACACACACAAACAGCUUAUAUUUUCUGUUUUAUAAGAUGUUGGAAAGCAUAUCUGUAAUUGCUGUGUUUUCUCCCACAGCUGCAACAAUAAAGGGUUCAUGUUACUGCCUUUUUUGUCUCAUUGAAAGCUGUUUUGCUUUUGAGUAUUUAAUCAAUGCGCACAAUAUCAAGCUACUUUUGCAAAUUUGUCUGUUUUGUAUAUAAUGUUUAUUAAAGUAUAAGAUAUUAAAAUUUAUUUUCUUCAUUGAUUUUAUUACUCAGUGUACUUAUGGACGUGAGACUGUUUGCGACAAAAUCAAAUUGCCUCUCUCACAUUUUCUACAUUUUUUUUUUUUGACCAAAAUUAUUAUGUGGCAGCAUAGUUUUGUUCUGAACUGCGAAAACCAAAAAAUUUUUUUUUUGAAGUAGUUCAUUUAAACUAAUUAAUAUUUUCAAUUAAGUGGUAAAGUAUCAUAUUGCAAUACUAAUAUUAUGAUAUUUACAUAAGACAAUCGGAUAUAGAUGAAACUAAAGGUAUAGGUAUGAUUUUAUAGAAUCUCUCUUGAUUAAAGUAUGAGAUGAGUCAGAUAUUUGUUGCUUUACAAACAUAAAUCAGAUCUUAAUAAUUUCUUUUAAAAAAUAGGCCAAUGAGAUGAGUUCCUACGCUAACAAUUUGUUGCUUCGAUAUUUAAAUAAGCAUUUUUAUCAGAAAAAUGUUCAUGUGAUACCAGAUUUUCACUUGGAUCCUAAACUCAACAUUUUGGGGCUGCUCCAAGCAUCAGCAAAUGUUUAACUUUUAGAAUAAAAAAAUGACAAACAAGUAUUAAGUAAAUGCUUUUUUUUGAUGUUUGAAUAUCUGAGAAAAUUCUAUGUAUUUUUCUGAUUUUCAUUCAUUUUUUCCCCUAAAAAUUGUACAUCAUUAAUCCAGUCUCUCAAGGAGUUUUGC